AUGCCAUCUCUUGAACAGAACUCGCAAGCUCUCGUUCAGCCCUCUCCUACUUCCACGAUUCCUCAAUAUCAUGCUUUGCUCAAUGACAACAAAACCCUCCGCAAACAGUAUGAGGAAUCACAGCGCGACCUUAAAAUCAUGUCCGCGGCCAUGGCAAUGAGCCAUACCAAGCUCAACCCUCUGAAGACGGAGGCCAAGGAGCUUAUUGCAUUCAAACUCGGUAUCACAACUUCACAAGUAAAAUCUUGCUUGAAGCGACUUUACGGCAAAGGAAAGUUAUCUUCCAUCUUAAGAGAGUAUAUCGAGCAUGCCCGCCGCCUCGAAGCAGUUACAGCCGAGACCAAUGAGACAUCUUACCGCCACGCCCGAUAUCGAGCAUAUCCCAAAUCUUCUUCAAGAGGCAUUGAACGACAUCACGAUGAGACGGACUCCACUGAGUCAUCUGACGACGAGGACAGUAACAUAUUGACUCCUGUCAAGUUGAAACGACUUCCACAUGACAGCAUCAAAGUUGAGAUUGAUGGGAAGCUUUUCACACAGCGACAGUUGGCCAAGUGGUAUCAGAGGAGCAAAAUGGACGCAGCUGCUAGGAGGACUUUCGAGCUCAAGAACAUCGAGAUUAACAAUAAGCGGAGAUCGCAUGCUAGUAAAUAG